AUGGGGCCCGCCGCUCCGCCCCCGCCACCUCCGCCAGCCCCGUCGCCGCUGCUACUGCUGCUGCCUCUGCUGCCGCUGUGGCUGGGCCUGGCGGGGCCCGGGGCCGCGGCUGACGGCAGCGAGCCGGCCGCUCGAGUGGGGCGGGGCGGAGCCCGCGCAGUGCGGGUGGACGUGAGGCUGCCGCGGCAGGACGCUCUGGUCCUGGAGGGCGUCAGGAUCGGCUCCGAAGCCGAGCCGGCACCCCAGCUGGGGGGCCGCCUGCUGCUGAUGGACAUCGUGGAUGCUGAGCAAGAGGUGCCAGUAGAAGGCUGGAUCGCAGUGGCAUAUGUGGGCAAGGAGCAGGCAGCUCAAUUUCACCAGGAGAAUCAGGGCAGUGGGCCGCAGGCCUGUCCCAAGGCCCUGGUCCAGCAGAUGCAACGGGCCCUCUUCCUGGGAGCCUCUGCCCUACUGCUCCUCAUCCUGAACCACAAUGUGGUCCGAGAGCUGGACAUAUCCCAACUUCUGCUCAGACCUGUGAUUGUCCUCCAUUAUUCUUCCAAUGUCACCAAGCUGUUGGAGGCACUGCUGCAGAGGACCCAAGCCACAGCUGAGAUCACCAGUGGAGAAUCCCUGUCAGCCAACAUCGAGUGGAAGCUGACCCUAUGGACCACCUGCAGCCUCUCCAAGGAUAGUUAUGGAGGAUGGCAGGACUUGGUAUGCCUGGGAGGCAGUCGUGCCCAGGAGCAGAAGCCUCUGCAGCAGCUGUGGAAUGCCAUUCUGCUAGUGGCCAUGCUCCUGUGCACAGGCCUUGUGGUCCAGGCCCAGCGACAGGCAUCUCGGCAGAGCCAACAGGAGCCCAGCGGCCAGGUGGACCUGUUCAAGCGGCGUAUAGUGCGGAGACUGGCAUCCCUUAAGACCCGGCGCUGCCGUCUCAGCAGAGUAGCGCAGGGCCACCCAGAGCUGGUCACUGAGACCUGUGCUGUGUGUCUGGACUACUUCUGCAACAAACAGUGGCUCCGGGUACUGCCCUGUAAGCAUGAGUUCCAUCGAGACUGUGUGGACCCCUGGCUGAUACUCCAGCAGACUUGUCCGCUGUGCAAAUUCAAUGUCCUAGGGAACCACUACUCAGAUGAAUAGCUGGGGAUUCUGGAUGUGGGAUGGAACCUUCCCACCUGUACCCUGAGACAGGACAGCCUGGACUUCUGGGACAGGACAGUGGGGUGGACAGGACUGCCAGUCCUGUGGAUGAAGGAAGGAUAUUGCUCCCACUGUGACAUUGUUGGGAAGAAGGGUCCUUCAGCCCCCAGGACAAGGAUGCAAGCCAGGACCCACCAGGCUAGGGAGACAGGUCACUCUGGGAUCUUUCUCUAUAAUCCUGGGACAUCUGUGUCUGCCCUUGUCAUGGGUAGCUCUGAGGACCCUGGGGAAAGAGAAUGUGGGGCCCAGUGCUGCUGUCUCCAGCCCCGGGAGCUCUCAGUGUCCCUGAGGCUACAGAGGCCGGGUUUUAUGCUUAUUUAUUGGGGGGUGGAUUGAGGGAAAUGUUCUCUGACCUUUGGGUACCCUGACCUAACCAUGUUUCAGAAUAUGUCUUGGUCAAGGCUGUGAUGUUAAACCCAGAGACGACUCUACUGCCUGCUGCCGUCAAUCUGGGGCACUGGGAGCCAUGGGUCCUGCUGCUUGUUCAGCUGGGCUCCCUUCCUGUGCCUGGCUAGGACCAGAGGCCUCAGAAACCAUCCAGUCCUGUUCUUGGUUGGGCUGUGUAUUGCUGAUCAGGUUACUUGAAGCCACAGGAUAAAAGUGGAACAUUUUCCAAGGGCAUCCAUUUUUUAAGAGUUAGGGUAGGGAAGUUUUAAUAGUAAAAUAAAUGUGGAUAUAUUUUAAUAUGUAAAA